AUGAAAGCGCAGUCCCUGGAGGAGAGGCUUCGCCAUGCAGGUCACAGAGUGCAGCUGCUCAGUGGAGCCCAGGCGCAGUCCGAGCGCAUCAAGGCCCUGGUGUGCCUGAAGGCCUAUCGCUGCCGCAUCCUCGUCUCCACUGACCUCAACAGCGUCUCUCUCGGUUCCGCCGCUAGACAAGAGAUGGACGACGGCAACGGCAAACGAAAGCGCAAAACGAUUACAAUCCAGUUUGAGCGGUCGUUGGGAAAGUUGCAAGUGGUGAGUGUCAACUACCCGCGCAAGAUCCUCGACAUGGGUGUUCAGCGGCUGUCCGAAGAUGAAGACCGCAAGGUCCCUCCAGAUCGCCACUUGUUGUGGUUCCGCCAACUUCUGCUUGACAUAGAGAAGCUUUACUCCGCAGUUCUGGAGUAUGAGGAUAGCAGCUGCUCUGCAGAGCGUCGUCUAGAAAUUUCAGAAAAGCUUUUUGCUGAGGUACAGCCCUCUGAAGAACGCUUCAUUCAGGUGGUGGGUGUGCGGAAAGGCCGCUCCUUGGUGCUUCGUGUGCUGCCCAAGCUAAAAGCUGAGCACCAGGUGGCAACAUUGGCAGCUCUGCUGCGCCACUUAUCAUGGUUACAGCGCAAGGACAGGCACGAUGGCACAUUAGAGCGAGGGCUGCUCAGUGCCGUGGCAGUCAUUGAGCACGCUUCUCUGAAUGACCUCAUUCAGCUGGCGGCCAGCUUGCUUAUGAAUCCAGAUGCUGCAUUUCCCAGCAGAUUUGCUCUCCGUGUGGCCUGGGCUAUUGUAGUACAAGCAGAACAACAUUUUCAGCGCGAGGAAGGUGGCCAGACAUUCAGCAGUGAAGUUCACAAGAAAUG